AUGAGCCUGACCCAGAACCUGCGGGAGGUGAUGAAGGCCAUCAGCGGGGUCCCCGGCUUUGACAAAGUUUUGGAAAAGGUGACGCUGGUCUCCGCGGCUCCUGGGAAGGUGACCUGUGAGCUGAGAGUCGAGGAGGAGCACACCAACAAGCUGGGCACGCUCCAUGGGGGGCUGACGGCCACCCUGGUGGACAGCAUCUCGACCAUGGCCCUGCUCUGCACGGAGAGGGCCCUGCCGGGCGUCAGCGUGGACAUGAACAUCACGUACAUGUCACCGGCGAAAAUAGGCGAAGUGGUGGUGAUCACAGCACAGAUCCUGAAGCAAGGGAGGACGCUGGCCUUCGCCUCCGUGGACCUGACCAACAAGACGACGGGGAAGCUGGUGGCUCAGGGCAGACACACCAAGCACCUGGGGAGCUGA